CUUCUCUUCUUGUCCUGUUGUAAAAUAUUGAAAACCAAAAUAAACUACCAGAAAAAAAAAAAAAAAAAAAGACAAAGAGAGAGGGAAAAGCUGGCAAGGGGACAGGUUUGGGGAAUUGUUUGGCAGGCGUCAUUGUGUUCUGGUGGCCUGGCAGCCUACUGUAAACGUGAGGAUGUAAGUAGGAAAUCAGAGCCCUGAGAGCGAUCGCUAUCUGCAGAACAGAGCUGCUCCUUUCUUCCUGGUCAUUUCCCUUCCCGAGUGUCUGCAGGGCCCACCCACUAGGGUGGUUCUCAGGAUUGUAGGUUUUGAGGUCAGACAGGAACCCUGGGGAAUGCCUGAAAAAACCAAACAGGCAGUGACAGUCUGCGCAGGCUGCUUGACCCGGAGCCACCGUUGUCUGCGGAGCCCUGCUUGGGUGACAGCAGUGAGCCGGCUUGGGGCUCUGUUCUGAAGCAGCGUUUGUAGCUGACGGUCUUCUGGGGGAACAGCAGGGCCUCUCCCACCCCGCAUGCAUCACGCAGCCUCCAGCAGCGGAUCUGCUUCUUCCUCCUCGCUUGGUUCCACCAUGGACGAGAUGCCUGAGCCUCUGCCCAUGACUGUCCACCUCCUUGCCGACUCUGGCCAUGGCUCGCUCCUGCAGCAGGCUCUGGACCAGCUCCUGGACUGCAUCUGCCCGGAGGUGCGCCUCUUCCUGGUGUCCGAGCGGGUCAGACCAGUGAAGUACUACGAGAAGUGCCACCCUCGGCGCUCCAGGUUCCCAGGAAUGUCGGUUUUGCUCUUCCUGCAUGAAAGCCUAGGAGAGGAGCGGCUCUACCGCGCCCUGGAGGCCCUGCAGCGGCCGCCCUGGCAGUGCUAUCCUCCCCAGGACGCACAGGGGAAGCUGUGUCCCUACCUGCUUGCCAGCCAGGAGUUCUACAGCCUGGACAGCCAGAUGCCGGUCUGGGGUGUGAGGCAGGUGCACUGUGGCGCCGAGCUCCUGCGGGUGACGCUUUACUGCAGUUUCGAUAACUACGAGGACGCCAUCAGGCUCUACGGGAUGAUCCUGCAGAGGGAGGCCACUUUGCAAAAGAGCAACUUCUGUUUCUUUGUGCUCUGUGCCACUGAGACCUUCUCCCUGCAGCUCUCCCUGAAGCAGCUGCCCCUAGGGAUGGCAGUGGACCCCAAAGGGUCUUCUGUGCUGCAGUUCAAGGUUCAGGAGAUCGGCCAGCUGGUGGCUCUUCUACCCAACCCGUGUGUCCCCAUCAGCAGCAGCCGGUGGCAGACCCAGGACUAUGACGGCAACAAGAUUCUGCUGCAGGUCCAGCCUAAUCCAAGCCUUGACUUCAGGACCAGCGAGCUCUCUCUUCCGAGCAGCACCACAGGGACCGACAUACCCUAUGUGGGCCCCAGGCUGACCUCAGUCUCUGAGCAGAGAACCCUGGAGCCCAGAAGCCGAAGAAGCCGGGCCAGGAAGUUUAAGGUGCGCUCUCUGGAAUUACCUCAGCCUCGCGGGCCAUUGGAGGCCAGCUCUAGUGAGGCCCUGAGGAAAAGCUCUGGCUGCACAAGCCAGGCCAGCAGCUCAGCCUCAGGCACCCAGUGGGGUCUGCUUUGUCCCCACCUCGAACUUGGGGCCGGAAUGAAGAUCCUGCGGGAAAACAGCUUUCAGAGGCUUGAGGCUGAGAUGAAUGUGGACACAGGGUUCACUGUUAUCAAUGCAGAACCCAGGCCUCCUUUUUGGAGCAGAUCUCCAAAGAAUUUGUGGGUCAACGACCCAUCUAAUUCAUCAGGGUCUUUCUUUGAAGUGACUGCCGUGAAAACCGAAAGAGUCCUGAAGCAACAAGUUCACCCUUGGUCCCUCACUGGCCAAAGGGAACUUGGUACAGCACAGGUGACCUCAAGAUGUCCCCUUCAUCUGCCAGUCCAAGGUGAAGUAAAAGAAGAAGAAGAAGAAUUCUUUAUAUAGCACAAAACAAAUGUGUUUUUCUAAAGCACAAGAUCAAAUAGAAUGUUCUAGAAAUAGGGCACAUCCAGAAGCAUCCUGUGUCUUAUCUGGCUGAGGGAUCUGAAUGCUGUUAUGCACAGGUCUGCAUUGUUUCUCUGUGAAAUGCUCAAAAUGAACGGGUGCUGCAGUGCUAAUUUGCUGACCCCACCCAGAGGAACACAACCAAACACAGUGAGAAAGCCCAACACCUGGUUCCCCGGAGAUGCACUAACCCAGCUGGAUGCUAUUGGGAUUCCUAUUGGAAUAAUUGCAUUGCAUGUAAAUGAAUGGGAUGUGUUACCCAUUACUGAUUAAUGUAUGCAGUUUAGUUUUAAUUUUCACUUGGUUUGCAUAGCUCAUCCCCCUGAUAGCAUGAACUAUUAAGUUUUGAGUGCUUUUAAAUUUUUAGGUGACCUCUUUUAUAAGUAGGCCUUGUUUACCCCAUACCCUCUUGUGAUUUUGCCUUUAAAGCACGCAAGCAAGAAUGAGUAAAAAUGCAGUGCUUUUGAAAAAUGAUAAACAAUUUAUUUUACUCCUGUUUAAUGAGAGGGAACACUGGAGCUAAUAACUGGGUAAAGCACAAGCAGUAGAAUCCACGGAUUUCCUGUUCUUCAGUUUCCUGUUCUGCUCUGCACUGCAGAGGCCAGUGGUUUUUCCUCUUACAACUCAAGGAAGGCUUUGGACAGUUGGGAAUUUGAGAUCCCAUUGAACAUGGCAGGAAGAUUGGACUAGCAGGGUCACUGGAGCAGCAUUUUGAUUCUUUUGGCCAUAUUUGAAUUCCCCAUGUCUCUGAACUAACAUCAUUCAUUCAUUUAUAUGUGCACUCAAUAAAUAAUUAUUUAACACCUAUAUUUGAAUAAGAUAUCAGGCAUGUAGUACACACUCUGUUGCCAUCGACUGGAAAGAUGUUUAUGGUUUGCAAUGAUAAGUCAGCUCUCUCAACUCUAAAAAAGGGGUUGAAGCUCAAACUAAUUCCCUUAAGAACUUCUUUCACACAAUCAAUGUCUGUAUUUGCUACUGAGGAUAUGAGAAGCCUUUAAAACCCACAAUCAAAGACUGGGAGAAUUAGGAAUUGUAAUUAUGAUAGGAAGAGAUUAAAUUCUCAGUUGCUCACAUGCUGAUUGUGGGGAGGGGCCAAGGGUUAGGCCUAUAUGUAAGUUUACAAAUUUUUUUGAGAUUAUGAAUUUUAGUUAAUUUAUAAGAUUAUUUGACUUUAGGACCUCUAUUUUCUACAACAGGGCAGAUAUUAUGUAGCAUAUAAUUGCUGAGUUAGCUGGAUUUUUGUCUUUGUAAUUGCUGGUGAGGAAACCAUUCUAGGUAAGUGUUCUACCACUGAGUUAGCCGCAAUCCCCUGGCUGAAUCUUCUAAAAACCUGGAUGCUUACUAUACUCACAGGAAGAAAGCUAAACUAAGGCCUAAAGACAGGUCUUGUGGAAGCAAGUGUAGGCUGGGUUUGUGUGGUCUGCCUAGACAGUGAAUUAGAAGUGAAGAGAGUUACAAAUGGACAAAAAUGACACUUCUAAAGUGAUUUCUUUGUGUCCUUAAACAUCAGUAUAUUCUCACAUUUUAUGUCUCUCUUCCAGAUUCAUAUUUGAUCUUAGAAAAACAGGCUGAUCUAUAACAUUAGAGAUUUCUAUACCAAGCAUUAUUUAAAAAGUUUUAUUUCACUUAGUUACUGAGCUACCUUGAAAAGCAUAGCAUUCCUUCUCACUUUUUUUUGACAUUAUCUAAAUUUCUUUAACAUAAUAUUGGUAAGAAUAUAAGUUUAUGGAGUCAUACAGAAUAUUUAGAAAUUCAAAUGAAUACCUUACAAACUGACUUGUAAAAUAAUAUUCUGUUGAAAUGUCACCUAUAGUAAUCUAUUAUCAACGUGAGUCAAUUUUUAAAAAAAUUUUUUAUUUAGAGAAAUAAAGAAAAGACAAAGGGUAGAAGUAAUACAGAAUUAAAAAAAAACAGUAGGAAAUCCCUAGUUGAUAAAUUAUUGUUAUCUUAGAAGGAGUUGCUCAAGUCACAAAAUGAAAGCAUAAAAAGUGGACAAUCAGACAUUGACAGUACAAACCAUUUUUUGAUGAACUAACAAAACCUUAGUAGUAUGUUUAUCUAUCUUGCACACUUAGAUAUACAUAGUUAUAUUCUUUAGAGCACUUUCUUUCCAUUUCAUUAUCACAAUAUCUAUUAUACAUUUUGGAUCUUAUUACUCUUCGGGUUUUUUAUUAUUUUUGUUAUACUAGAGAGACAAUACAAUAUUUACAAGUGUGAGUCUGAUUUAUUUCACUUAUAAGGAGAGUCUCACGUUGCCUCCAAAUACCUAUAAAAGCCUCAAGAUCCUCCUUUUUAUAGCUGAGUGAUAUUCCAAUUAUAUAAAAAUAGCAUGUCUUUUUCAUCCAUUCUGCAGUUGAUGAGCAUUUGGAUUGUUUCCAAGAUUUAGCUAUUACAAAUUGUGCUGCUAUAAACAUUGGGUGCACGUAUACCGCUGAGACAUGACAUUUUCAACUUUUCUGGGAAAAUAGCCAGAAGAGGAAUAGCUGGAUUGAAUGGGAUUUCUAAUCCUAGUUUUUUGAGGAAUCUCCAUACUGAUUUCCACAGUGGCUGCACCAGUUUACACUCCCACCAACAGUGGAGAAGUGUUCCUUUUUCUUCACAGCCUUACCAACAUUUGUUAUCAGUGGAUUUCUUGAUGGCAGCCAUUCUUUCCAGAGUGAAAUGAAAUCUCAGUGCUGUUUUAAUUUGCAUUUCUCGAAAGACCAGUGAUGGUGAACAUUUCUUCAUGUAUUAGCCAUUUGUAAAUAUUCAUCUGAGAAAUGUGUGUUCAUCGCAGAUGCCCAUUUUUGGAGAGGGUCUUUAGAUUUGGGGGAUUGAUAUUUUUCAAUUCUUUGUAUGUUCUGGAUAUAAGUCCUUUGUUUGAGGAACUGUUGGUUAAAAUUCUUUCCCAUUCUGUGGUUUUUCUUUUCAUGUCAUUGGUGAUUUCUUUUGAAAUGCAAAAACUUCUUGAUGAGAUUCCAGUUGUUGAUUCACUAAAGUAUUUCCAAUGUGGUUUGCAUUUUGUUCAUGAAUUCCUUGCCUAGCCUUAUGUCUCCAAGAUUUCUACCCACCUCACCUUCCAAUAGAGUUAGUGUUUCUGUUAUAAUAUUUAGAUCUUUUGAUCCAUUUUGACUUUAGUGCAUGACAAUAGACAUCGGUCUAGUGUCAGUCUUCAGCAUGUGGAAAGCCAGUUUUUCCAACACCAUUUAUUAAAGUGGUUAUCCUUCUUCCAGUGAACAUGAUCAGCCCCUUUGUCCAAUAUAAGGUGGCUGAGUGUCUUUGUAGUUGUGUUUUCAUGUUCUAAUCUGUUUCACUGAUCCUCAGGUCUAUGCCUUUGCCAGUACCAUGCUGAUUUUAUCACUGCAGCUUUGUAGCAUAAGUUCAAGUCACGAAUUGAGAUGUCUACUGCCUUGCCUUUGUUGCCCAGAAUUGCCUUUGUUAUUCUAGGUUUCUUCUGUUUCCAAAUGAAUUUUAGGAAUGUUUUCUCUAGAUCCAUAAAGUAUGUUAAUGGUAUUUUGAUUGGGAUUGCAUUAGGUCUGUAUAACAGUUUUGGGUGUAUGGCCAUUUACACAAUGUUAGUCCUUCCCAAACAAGAGCAAGGAAUAUCCUUUCAUUUUUAAAAAUAUCCUCUUCAAUCUCCUUUUUUAGAGUAAUAUAUAAUUUUUAGCAUAUAGGUAUUUUACAUUCUUAGGUUGAUUCCUAAGUAUUUCAUUUUUUAAAUGUUACUGUGAAAGGUGACAUUUCCAUAAUUUCUCUCUCAGUGAGCUUUUUGUUGGUGUACAGGAAUGCUAUUGAUUUUUGUAUCCAGCUAUACAGUUUAAUUUGUUUAUUACCUCUAGUAGUCUUUUAAUGGAACUUUGGGGUCUUCGAUGUAUAGUAUCAUGUCAUCUGCAAAUAGUGAUAGUUUAACUUCUUCCUUUCCUAUCUUUAUUCCUUUUAUUUCUCUCUCUUGUCUGAUUGCUCUGGCUAAUAUUUCCAGAACUAUAUUGAAUAGGAAUGGUGAUAAGUGGAUAACAUUAUAAGGUAGUGAAAGCUUUCAAUCUUUGUCCAUUUAGUAUAAUGUUGGUUUUGGUUUGACAUAUAUGGCUUUUAUUAAAUUGAGGUAGAUACCAUCUAUUCCAAUUUUCUGUAGGAUUUUUAAUCAUGAACAAGUGUGGGACUUUAUCAAAAGCUUUUUCUGCAUCGAGAUAAUCAUGUGAUUUUUGUUUUUGACUCUAUUAUGUCAUGUAUUACAUUUUUUGAUUUGUAUAUGUUAAAUAAUCCCUGCAUUCCAGGGGUAAAUCCUACUUGGUCGUGAUGUAUAAUCUUCUUGAUGAUUUGCUGCAUUCUAUUUGACAGUAUUUUAUUGAGUAUCUUUGCAUCAAUGUUCAUUAGUGAGAUUGGCCUAUAAUUCUCUUUUUUGGUUGGGUCUUUCUCUGGUUUUGGUAUCAGAGUAAUACUUGCCUCCAGGAAUGAGUUAGGGAGAACUGCUUCCCUUUCAAUUUCAUUGAAGAGUUUGAGGAGUAUUGUCAUUAAAUCUUUUCUAAAUUUCUUGUAGAAUUCAUCUGUGAAUCCUUUAGGACCUGGGCUUUCUUUUGUUGGUAAGUUUUUAAUCAUAUUUUUUAUUUCAAUAGCUGGUAUUAGGUUAUUCAAAAUUGUUAUAUCUUCUUGAUUGAGCUUUGGUAUUUCAUAUGGCUCUAGAAAUCUGGCUCUCUCAUCUCUGUUUUCCAUCCUAUGUGAGUAAAGAUUUUCAAAGUAGGUAUUCAUGAUCUUUUGGAUUUCUAUGGCAUCUGUAGCAGUUUCUCUCUUUUCAGUCCCUAUUGCUUGAAUUUGAGUUUUUUCUCUCUUUUUCUUGAAGGUUGGCCUGAGGCUUAUCAAUAUUGUUUAUUCUCUCAAAAAACCAGCUCUUUAAUUCAUUAAUUCUUUAUUUUUUUUUAAUCUCAAUUGCAUUAAUUUCUGCUCUGAUCUUUAUAAUUUCCUCUCUUCUAUGAGCUUUGGAUAUUACUUGCUCUUCUUUUUCUAGAAGCUUGAGAUGUAGCAUUAAGUUAUUUAUUUGUGCUCAUUCUGUUUUCUUGAUAUGACAAUUUAUUGCUAUAUAUUUUCCUCUUAGGACCACAUUCAUUGUGCCCCACAGGUUUUGGUAUGUUGUAUGUACAUGUUAAUUGAAUUGUAGGUAUUGUUUAAUUUUUUCUUUAAUUUCACAUGUAACCCACUGGUUGUUAUUUAAUUUCCAUGUAUUUAUGCUGGUUUUGCAAUUAAUUUCCAAUUUAAGUGCACUAUGGUUUGAUAAUAUGCAUGGGAUAAAUUCAAUCCAUUUACAUUUACUUAAGAAUGUUGUAUUGGCUAAUUUAUGGUCUAUUUUAGAGGAUGUCCCAUGCAUAGCUGAGAAGAAUGUAUAUUCUGAUGUGGUAGGGUGGAACACUUUAUAAACAUCUACUGAGUCCAUUUGCUCACAGGUUUUAUUGAGUUCUGUUAUUUCUUCGUUGACACUUUGUCUAGUAGAUGUAUCUCUCUGUGACAAUGGGGUAUUAAGGUCCCUCAUUACAAUUGUGUUGUUGCUUAUUUGAUUUUUCAUAUUUAUUAGUAUUUGUCUUGUAUAAUUGGGUGCUUCUGUAUUUGGUGCAUAUAUGUUUAUGAUUGUUAGCUCUUCUUCUUGAAUUAUUCCCUUGAGAAGUAUGUGGUGACCUUCUUUAUUUCAUUUGAUCAUUUUUGGUUUGAAGUUCACAUUGUCUGCAAAUAGAACAGCAACCCCUACUUUUUUCUGGGGUCCUGUCACAUGGAAUAUUAUUUUCCAUCAUUUUACUUUUAGUCUAUGAGUUUCCUUUUGAGUCAGAUGUGUUUCUUGUAUACAGCAUAUUGUGGGAUCCUGUUUCUUGAUCCAUUCUGUCAAACUGUUUCUUUUAAUAGGUGAAUUGAGGCUAUUUACAUUGAUGGUUAUAACUGAUAUAUAUAUUGGCUCAACUUUGUCAUGUUAUUUUCCUGCCCUUUGUUUUCUGCUUUCCCCUCUUAUUUAAUUGCCUGCUCUGUCUGGUGGUUUCUUUCUGUUGUUGCUUUGGAAACUGCGGUCAUUUUUAUCUCUAUCUAAUAUGUCUUUCAGUACCUUUCUAGGGUUGGUUUGGUGGAUAUGAAUUUCUUCAGUUGUUCUUUGUCAUGGAAGAAUCUUAUUUCUCCAUUAAAUUUCAAAGAAAUGUUCACAGGAUACAUCAAAGUUGUUUUUCUUCAGGGCUUGAAACAUCCCACUACAAGAUUGUCUUAACUCAAGGGUUUGUGCUGAAAAGUGCUGUGAUUCUAAUGGGCUUUCCUUGAUAACUGAGUUGUGUCUUUUCUCUAACAGCUUUUAAUAUUCUGUUUUUAUGCUGUAUGUCUGGGAUCUUAAUUAUAUGUCUGAGUGUAGAUUUAUGUUGGUUGUGAUUGUUUGGCAUUCUAUAUGCCUCACUUAUCUGCAUAUCAGAUUCCUUCCCCAUGUUUGGGAAAUUUUCUGCUAUUACUUCUGUAAAUGGUUUACUGAUUUCAUUCAUGUUGACACUUGUGUCUUCACUGAUGCCUGUUAAUCUUAUAUUAUUUCUCUUGGUAUCAUCUUGAAGCUGCUGAAUUAUCAUUUCAUGCUGUUUUGUUAUUUUUAAAAGUUCUAUCCUUUCAUGGUCACUAGCUGUGAUUCUGUUCUCAAGAUUCUAUCCUCAGCUUCAUUUAAAUGGUUUGCCAGCUUUCAAUAGAAUUUUUUAUUUCUUGGAUUUCUCUUUGAUUUUGUCUCAUGCAUUCUACCUGUUUUCUAUAUAGAUCAUUCAAAGUUUCAAUCAGUUUUCCAUGCUCCUGUAAUUUUAAAAAUCUAUUUCUUCUCUAGCUAUGCUGAGCAACUGCCUUGCUAAGUUUGUCAUUUCUGUCUUUAAGUGAGAAACUAUUUCUAAUUUGAUUUCCUCUAUAGUCCCAUGGAUUUGCUUCUUUAUUUCACUUGCUAUCUUUUCAGAGAUUUCAGGUGUAUAACUUUUAAAGUCCUCUAUUUCAAUGUCUCCUGUACUUGCUCCUGAUGGACUAGAUGUUUGAGAUUGCAUUUUGCUUUUUGUUUUGUCAUUUUUACCUUUUGGGCUAAAAUUUGGUCUUUUGAUCAUGCUAGUCUGAACUGUCAGUAGUGUGUCUUAGGGCCCUACUGUGUGGUAAAUGUUUGUCCAAUUGCUGGGUACCAUGAUGAAGAGGAGGGCUGUCACCUGAAUACCUCCCACAGGGCCUGUUGGGUGAGUCCUAUAUUCUUCCUGGGCUCACUAGCCUAGGACUAUUGAUGUAAGUCAACCAUUAAUUCCCACUAUUACUAUGUCUUCAGGUUGUUCCAGAUCACCAGAUCUCCCUGUCUAUAGUGAUUGUCUUGGCUGGGACUCUGCUGUGUCACUGGUUGUCUCAUAAGCCCUUUUAAUUUUCUUCAGGUUGGGGGAGGCCCUAUUGGCACACUCCUCAACACAUCUGAUGUUCUCUGUAUGGGGGAAGGACUCAUCCACACUCUCACCAGGCUCACCAAAGCCCUACAGCUAGAGGGGACUUUGCUGUUGCUCCUCUUUGCCCAGUGAAGGCAUCUAGUUUAGGGGCAAACUCACCACACUGAUGGAAGCCUGCUGAGGCCCUCUGUUUGGUUGAGGGGCUACUGAGUCUCCCAUCAACCCAGCAAAUGCAGUCCAAUGUUCUGGGAGGAGGAGGAGGCACAACUGAAGAUCAACAGCAAUACUAGGAGAUGGGGGGUCUUUGGCUGUGAGAGCGUGGGUGCACAAGCAGCCUGCCUUCCAAGGUGGAGGCCCAGGGUCCGAAGGGUGGAAGGUUGGGCACAGAAGGUAAUGAGUCUAAUUUACAACACAAUGACAUGAAAAUGCCACUUGAUGAGUAGGGGAGACCUGGAUUUUAAAUAUUCUUGAACAUGUAACCUUGAACAAAUUAGGUUCUGUGAUCUUUUUUGCCUUAUUUACUGUAACAAAUAUUAUUCAAAGAAUCAAGAUGAUGAAUAUGAAAGCAUUCAGAUGUUACACACUAGAUAUUAUUAUUAUAUUUUAAUUUAUAUUACAUAUUAUGUUAAUACUGCUGGUCCUCCAGACUCAGUUUGAAAAUGUCAUGAGAACUCCAUGUCUUAUGAAGCGAGCUUUAUAAAAUCAAUGAAACAAUAAAAAAAUCCGCUAAGA